AUGGUGCGACCCCUUUCUGCCCCUUCCUCCUUGACCCAUCUCAACAAGAUCACCGCACUCUGGACACAGACCGAGAAUCAUCAUCAUUCUUUUCAAUACACCCCCGACUAUCGGAGAGUUUUUAACGUCGUCUGCGCAUGUUCAACUACUCUUCUUUUCUCGAGUCUGUUGUCUCAAUACCUACGCUUCGCUGUUAGUUAUGGAGAGGCUACCCCAGGAGUGUCGAGACAUUGUUGCAUCCUUUCUGGCCGGGUACGACGUGAAAAACCUGGUUCUCGUGUCGAAAAGGUACUACGACUUCUUUGUCGCGAGGAACUUGAGACGGCUUUGGUUUCAAGGUCUCCCUACAUUUCUCUCCCACCAAUUCACGUCCUUCCUUGCAAUGAGGCAGUUCAGCCUUAUCAGAUGGUAAUAGUCCUACAGACGCGUGGGAGCGUCGGAACUCAACUAUCACCGUACGAGAAACUUGGACCGUUACUUAUCAAUAGCAUCUCGCAAAUGACCGAACUGCAAGAGUUGGGGUUGUCACUCAAAGGCUGGCCCCAGGAACAAGAAGAGAAUCUUUGUCAACUUUUAAUGCGAACUCGGAAAUGGGAUAAGCUCAAAUGUCUCAAAAUCUCGGCUUCGCCAGAGAUAUUAUGCGCUGUUCUCAGCCGCUGUGUUCCAGAGACCCUCGAAGCCGUUGGUAUCAAUGGGGACUACUUAACACGGAUGUACGAUGAGCUAGUACGUCUUUGCUCUUCUGCUGGAAGCCAACACUCUGUGAAGGAGCUCCAUAUUUCUCCCAACGAAUAG